GACAAAUCUUGACUAAGUAUUCGACGAUUUUUCCUUAAAAAUUUCCACUAAAACCCCAUGGUUGAAACAAUGUCGUCACAAGAGUUCACAUCCAACCCGGACAUCGAAGCAGAAUUCGUUGACGACGACGUAGAAAAAAACGCCUCCGAAACCAACCAACAACAGCCCGAAGAGAAAAGAACCGAAGUUUCCAAACGCGGCGAUUACGAUGACGAACCCGACGAAACGUUAUGCGAACGAUUAUGGGGCCUCACGGAAAUGUUUCCAGAAUCCGUAAGAAAAAUCACCUCGUCGGCAAUCGUAGCGACAAAGUUGGGAUUGUGCAAGGCUCGGGCGGCAUCUAGAACUGCCACGUGGAUUAUAUUCAGUUCUUCGGUUUUGCUGUUUGCGCCGUUAGUUUUGGAAGUCGAAAGGGUCAAUAUUCAAGAGCUGCAGAAGAAUCAACGGAAGGAGUUGUUGAUAGGACCUAGCGGUGCUAUUUCAGGCGGGGUUCCACCCAUGUUGGUACCGUCGAUUUCUUAAUUUAUUGUUAUCGUUAUUGUUAUUAUUAAAAUAUUUCGGUGGUACUGUGUUGUGCU